AUGAAUCCUUGUAUAAUUCCUGAGGUUCCCAUUGAUAUACAAGGAGACAACAGAUGGAUGAGCCAGCAUGAACGUCAUGUAUCUGAAGCGAAAGAACGUGAACCAGAUGUUAUAAUGAUUGGUGACUCAAUUAUACAGAAGUUACAGUCAAGUCCUAUAUGGAAUGAUUUAUUUGAACCCCUCCAUUGUUUAAACUUUGGUAUUGGUGGUGAUCUAACCCAAGGAGUAUUAUGGAGAAUCCAAAGUGGCAUUCUUGAUAAUAUUAAACCAAAGGCGUGUGUUCUUCAUGUUGGUACAAACAAUUUUGGUAAUACUCCUGAUGAAAUAUCAGAAGGUAUUUUAACCAUAAUCAAAGAAAUCAAAUCCAAGCUGCCUGAGUGCUAUAUCAUCUUAUUGGAUUUAUUACCUCGUGGAGCCAGACCAAAUGAAUUACGUGUUCGUAACUCUAAAGUUAAUGAAAUUAUACAUGAAAAAGUAAAGUCAAUUUCUCGGUUAGAAGUAAUUACUGUCAAUACAGGUCUGUUGCAAUCAGAUGAUACGCUGAGUGCUCAAGAUAUGCUGGAUUACCUACAUCCAACUGACACAUGUUACCGUAAAAUAUUUGAACCUGUCCAUGAAUUGCUGUUACAAAUUCUCGGAGAAGCCAAAGAUAUGGACAAAGAAAUAAUUGAAACUCAGUUAAUCUAA